AGAGGAGGGCCCCACCGGAUAUCGCCGUCGCCGUCGCCGUCGCCGACCACGACGCUCCUGUCUCCUCCGUUCCCCUCUUCCGGUCGGCGUCAGAUCCCCUCCACCCGACCGCUCUCUCGCUCCCCGUUCCACCGCGUCCAUCUCAGCGCCGCUCCUGAGGAUCGGUUUCUCGCUGCUUGGAAAGUGAACUACGGAUUUGUCUGCCUGUUGGGUUGGCCUCCUGCCGCGGCCGCCUCAACCUUGCUAGUUGCUACCGAUCGGUUCAGUGGAGCGGAGGUCGACCGGGUAGUGGAUUGGGUUUCUUCGCUUGCUGGAAAGUGAACUGCGGAUUUGCCUCGGUGUGAUGGCCUCUUGACCGAUCCGUGUACCCUGAGUCCAUCAGGUUCUUCUUCAGAUAGCAGCAGCAUUGAUCUACAGUAUUCAGUCUUAUGGACCUUUGAGGCCUUGUUCAGUUGCAAAGGAAUCAGAGGGGUUAGGAGGGAUUAAAUCCCCAACAAUUCAAAAUCCCCCUCUAUCCCCUUGUGGAGUCGAUUAACCAAACAAGGCCUGAGUGGGAACUCGUAUUGUCAUUCUAGUAUUGUUAUUUAUUCUAAUUUGUGUCGACAGGAUUUUGCAUCAAGGAGUUUAUUUAGCAAACUGACUGGGCUUCCUCUGAUGAGGAAUCUGCCCCCCACCAGGUCAAGUGUGCCAACACUUUUGCAGCUGGCUAGUACAUACUACAAAGGAGAAGGGGCUUUGUCUUUGUGAAGCGCUUUUAUCAAGUUCACACAUGAUUUGAAGACAAUUUGAUGCAGCCCAUGGCAACCACAAGGACAAAUGCAGAUGGUGUUUAUUUGGAUGAAGGUGCUUCUAGGAAGGAAUUCUGUGUUUUGAGUAGGCAAGCAGGACCAUCACCAUCAUCAUCAGGCCAGAAAAUAAACUCAUGCAACCGCUACGAGGACAAGUCUGUGUCACAUAGGCAGGAAUCUGAAUCCUCCAUGGAAGCAAGUGAUAACAUUGAUUCUCUAGUGGCGAAUUCAAUAGGCAGGCUCAUCUUUGAGGCUGGACUUGAGCCUGAUUUUGUUCACUUGCCAUCUUAUAAUGGAGUGAUUGAUUUGCUCACCCGCGGGGUUCGGAUUGUAAUGCCUUCUUAUGAAUAUAUUCUUCAGGUGCAACUAAGUGAAGUUCAGCAGCGUGAAAGGGCUUUGAGGCAACAGUGGGAAAAAAGUGGCUGCACUGUGAUAUUGGAUAGCUGGAAAAGCCGAUGUGGGAAAAGGUUCGUUAGUGUUUUUGUGCAUUGCAGAGAAGGCAUGGUGUUCCUCAGAUCCAUUGACGUAUCUGCAAUAUUUGAUGAUGUUGAUGAGCUUGCAGCAAUGGUCUGUCAUGUGAUUGAAGAUAUUGGUGUCCGCAGCAUCGUUCAGAUUAUCAUAAAUGAUGUAUCGCCACAUAUGCAAGCUGCAGAGCAUGCUGUCUUAAAGAAAUAUAAGCAGUCAUUCAUAUUCACAGUAUGUGCCGAUCAUUGCAUCAAUCUACUGCUUGAGAAUAUAGGAGCACUUGAUAAUGUGAAAGAUGUCCUAAUGAAGGCAAGGGAUAUCACUAGGUUUUUGUAUGGACAUGCACUGACAAUGGAACUGAAAAGGCUGUAUAUCGGGGAUGCUGAGAUCAUAAGUAAUUCUAACCUGAAAUUUGUGUCUGUGUUUGACACACUAGAAAAGCUAGUGUCUCACAGGAAUAAUCUGAUGGAGAUGUUUGCCUCUGAGGAUUGGGUUUCCUCUGAUCUGGCUUCUACAAGCCUAUCCAUGCAUAUCUGUGAGGUAGUACAUACGGAAGAUGCAUUCUGGAGUGCUGCUGCCAACAUUCUGAAGGUGACAGGCCCACUUAUCAGCGUUUUGUAUAAACUGGAAGGUGAUAAGUGUCCAGUUGGUGUCCUGUAUGAUGCCAUGGAUAGCGCAAAAGAAGACAUAAAACAGAAUCUUGGUGACGAGCAUGGCAGUUACUGGCUGAUGAUUGAUCACAUCUGGGAUGAUUACUUGCAUUCCCCAGUCCAUGCUGCUGGUUAUUUUCUCAAUCCAACUAUUUUUUACAGUGAUCGAUUCCGCAAUGAUGCUGAGAUCAGCAGUGGCAUCACGACCUGCAUUCUACGAGCAUCCAAGAGUCAUUACGAUGCAUUGCUCACUGCUGAACAAAUGGAAGUCUAUCUGAGAAAGUCAGGGACGUUUGAUUCUGAUUCAGCCAUUGAGGAAGCCGUGGGAACACCUCAAGAUGUGUGGUGGGUGAAGCAUGGGACUGGCACGCCGGCGCUGCAAUCCUUUGCGAGCUUGAUCCUAGGGCAGACGUGCUUCGGCGCCUCCAGGUACAACCUGGACAAGAGCUUGUCCGAGAGGCUGCACACCGAGCGGAGGGCCUACACCGAGCAGGAGAGGUUCCGCAGCAUGGAGUACAUCUACUACAACCUCCGCCUUGCGAGCUCGGUGCCGCGCGUGGCCGGCCUUCCCGCGGACCAGCACAGUAAGCUCACUACUCAUCUGGGCGAUUGGCUCUCAGCGCAGUGAUUGCGCUCGCCAGUGUGGUGGCUGACCGACUGUUUGUAUCAUUUGCGCCUGUCUGUACAUACUGGGCCGGCCGGGCCGGGCCGGGCCGGGCCCUUGAAAGAAAGCCUGUGCUUGCUCCACCCAUAUCCUUAUUCGGGCCGGAUGACUAAUUUUCCAUUUUUGUGAUAUCUGAUUCGAUGAUUUUUCCAUGUGUGAAAUGAUUUGGUUGGCUGACGA